AUGACAGCAUUAGCAAGACAACGAUGGCGCAUGCUUGGCGAGAUUCUUCUGAGCAAAAAUCUUCGAUCAUCUUGCGAUCAUGAAGAUAUAUCCGUAAUGCGUUUUAAAACAUUUGGUUUAUAUGUAAGAAGUUCAUUACCGUCAAAUGAUCACGAUGAUGGAACAUGGUGUAAAAUUGAAUUUCCUUCAUUUGAAGAUAAUCAAUCAAAUAUUCUUUCGUUAGAUAUUCGCUUGUGUUCAACAAAGAUCGAUUAUGCAGAUCUAAUUGGCUUCAAUAAUACAGGCAAUACAUGUAUAUGGCCAUCAGAGGAAGUUCUUGCUUUCUAUUGUUUAAAAGAAAAAGAAAUAUUCGAAAAUAAAAGCGUUUGUGAACUUGGUGGUGGUAUGACAUGUUUAGCUGGUCUUUCUUUGGCGCGAUCGAUUUCGCUCAAAGAGCUUGUUGCUACAGAUGGAAAUGAAAAGAGCAUUGCUAAUUUAAAUGCAAUUUUAAGAGCAAAAAAUAAUGAACAUAAUUGGUUGUGUUCGAUAGAAUCCCGCGUACUUAUAUGGACACGUCAAUUAAAUGAUCCAUUAUUAAAAGAACGCUUCGAUUUUAUUAUUUCGGCUGAUUGUUUCUUUUUUGAAGAUCUUCAUCAUGAUUUGUGUCAUACUAUUUAUUAUAUGCUAAAAGAUUCGGGUAUGGCAAUAAAUUUUGCUCCAUACCGUUCAAAAAGUUUAAAUAGAUUUGUUUCAAUUGCUGAAACAUAUCCUUUUGAAUGUAGUGUUUUUGAACAUUAUGAUGAAGAUGUUUUCAAUAAACAUUUAGAAGCUAAACAAAUAAAUAAACAUUAUUCAAGUGAUCUUCAUCAUCCAAUACUUGUCAUUUUACGUAAACGUCAAAAAUCUGACCAGUGA